AUGACAGACAAAACGAUAAACGAAAGCGAGAACACGAUCAUGAUAUUGUGCAUGUUUCUGAUUGGACUCACUGGCGUCCUACUGGGAAUCAAUGGGCUGAUUGUCGUCAGGAAAAACAGCUUUUUGAGAGGUAUUGUUCGCCACUAUUUAUAUGUGGAUCUCACCAACUUCAUCCUCAUUAAUGGCUGCCAUUUGACGUGGGGAGUCCCGUGUGCACUUUGGUCUCUCGAUUCACUCUCGGCCGUGAACUACAUCUUCUCCGAUAUUGUCAACGGAGCAUCAAGCAUGGGAUCUUUGCCAAAGCUUUUUCUCGGUAUAAAUCGCAUUCUCGCAAUCUCUUUCGGCGGCCGCUAUCAUGAUCGUUUUGAGCGAACGAAAUGGUUUCAAUAUUUCUUGAUGGCAUUUUGGCCAUCGUGCACGAUGACCGCUUUUGCGAUGCCCGAUUGUCAUGCUAUUUUCGUGCCCAAUGGUCAGAACUUCUUUUUUGUUCAAAAUACACCAUGUGCUCUGGAUGUGAUGUACUAUACACAGGUUCUCGCUCCAUAUAUCUUCCUCCCAUUGUCGACUUUCUUCGACGCAUCUGUGUUUAUCAUGAUGCAUCGACGCGUUCGACAACUCACAAGAAGUCGACAACAAAUGAGCUAUCAAAAGUCGGAUCAAUUGAGAAAAGAAUACAAGUUGGCUGCGCAGAUGGUCACCAACAUGUUUUCGGGUUUCACCGUGACAUUUGCCGUAGCGAUCGGCCAAAAUUACAUCAGCUCGCCGAUGCCGAGUUUUCUGAUGUGGACAGCGUUGUGGCAAGGCUGUUGUGCGGUGCAAUGCUUAACCUAUGUGAUUUUGCUUCGAGAAGUGCGGCCAAGCGAAAGAAAAACGCAGCCGAUUUCAACCGUUUCAAUGCAAACGACAAUCCGAGUUGAU